AUGACAGCCUAUAUACUGCUGAGGGGCGAUGGCAAGCGACAAACAUCGACUAACAACGAUGACCCAAAACCAUAUGGCCUUCUUAGCAAGUAUCUCAGUUUCCCAAACUUUGACCAGCAUCAGUGGUGGCACAACACGGCACCGAUGCUAGGGAAGCUCUUGUCACAGUGCAAAUACAGUGUGCACCAGCAGUAUCAAUAUCUAUGUCUCUACGGCCUACACAUCAUACCCUUUCUAGGUCCAUGGCCUGAUAUCGAGCGUCAUAAGCUCUACAAAAGUGUCUUCAGCGGCCUAGGGCCACUGGAGUUCAGCCAGAACUUUAGAAAGAUUGGGAAGACUGUUCGAAUGGGCUUCGAGCCGACAACCCUCAUUACUAGUACCGGUCACGAUGUAUGCAACCGACAUGCUCUCGGCGAAGCUUUGAACCGCUUCAAGCAGCUGGACAUGAAACUAGACCUGCAAUUAUAUCAUCGACUAGUGAAUGAGGUCUCAUUGACAGAUCAAGAAGAAGAGACACUUCAAAUACGGGGUAUAUUGGAUGAAGAGCCUGCCAAAUCGCAGAGCCUUCUGGCACUAGAUUUCAACAAUGAUGACGUGACAGUCAAGUUAUAUUUCUAUCCUCAACUGAAAUCCCUAGCCACCGGCAUUUCUCGUGCCCAGUUAAUGUUGAGCGCAGUGCGCAACGUUGAUAAAAUGGGUGCUUUCACUGAGUCCAUGGACAUUAUCGAGGAAUACUUCGCCUCAGUCCCAGCCACUACGGCCCCAUACUGGAUAUCUUGCGACCUUGUCGAGCCUCACAAAACUCGAUUCAAAUUCUACAUUGCACAGUUUCAAGUAAGCAUCGAGAAUGCCGAAGACCUCUGGACUCUUGGGGGUCGGGUCUCAGAUCCCGAAACGAUGACAGGCUUUGCCAUGGUACGCGAUCUCUGGAAUCCUUUAGAUAUUAAGGAUGGUUUGCGUGAACAGCAGAACCGACCUGGGAACCGGGGUGAUCCAUGCAACAUUCUCCCAAUGUUGUUCAAUUUAGAGAUAUUACCUGGUAAGGCAUAUCCGCAGCCUAAGAUAUAUUUCCCUACUACUGGGAUGAACGAUCUGGUUGUCGCAAGGGUCGUGGUCGAGUUCUUCCGACGACAUGGGCUCCAUGAGCAUGCACAAUCAUACAUUGACAAUUUGACUUCAUAUGUGUAG